AAAUGUAACGCGGGAAAAACUGGAGCAGGGACCCCGGCGGCAGGUUGUUAUUUUCGGGGGCUCAGCGCCUCGCGUCCUGCUUUCCUGUCAUCGCAACGCGGGCCGCCUGCUGCUUCCCGCGGCUGCAGCCUGCGUUGGGGUACGAAGAGCGGAGGACCGGCCUGACCCAGGGUUGGGGUCCAGCUCCGGCCGCCUGGUGCCAACCGAGCCGUUCCGCUCUUUCGUUGGCCGCGGCGCAGGAAGGUUCCAGGAAACGUCCGCCUGCCAUGAGCCGGCGGGACUGAGAGCCGGCAACUCGGAGCAGCGCGGGCUAGCGGAGCGAAGGGCCAGACCCGAGCUCAGGGAGUGUGGCCCACGGCCGCUGGGGCUGCGGAUCCGGGUCGGGCAAUGAUCCGGGGUGUGGAGGCGCCAAUGGCGGACAACCCGCCGCAGCCGCCGCCCGUCAUCUUCUGCCAGGACUCCCCGAAGCGGGUGCUGGUGUCGGUCAUUAGGACGACCCCGAUCAAGCCCACAUGCGGCGGCGGAGGGGAGCCGGAGCCGCCGCCGCCUCUCAUCCCCACCAGCCCUGGCUUCAGCGACUUCAUGGUGUACCCGUGGCGCUGGGGUGAGAACGCGCACAACGUGACGCUCAGCCCCGGGGCUGCCGGGGGCGCCGCCUCGGCUGCCCUGCCUGCGGUCGCCGAGCACUCGGGGCUUCGGGGCCGGGGCGCGCCCCUGCCCACCCCCUCGGCCGCCGCCGCCUCGGGAGGUGAGGACGAGGAGGAAGCGAGCAGCCCGGACAGUGGCCACCUCAAGGAUGGAAUCCGACGUGGCAGACCCAGAGCGGAUACUGUACGGGAUUUAAUCAAUGAAGGAGAGCAUUCGUCCAGCAGAAUCCGUUGUAACAUCUGUAAUAGGGUGUUUCCAAGGGAGAAAUCGCUCCAGGCGCACAAAAGGACUCAUACAGGUGAGCGACCCUACCUGUGUGACUAUCCAGACUGUGGAAAAGCCUUUGUUCAAAGUGGACAGCUCAAAACCCAUCAGCGUCUUCACACCGGAGAGAAACCUUUUGUUUGUUCAGAAAAUGGCUGCCUAAGCAGAUUCACCCACGCAAACCGCCACUGUCCGAAGCAUCCUUAUGCCAGGCUGAAGCGAGAGGAGCCUACAGAUGCUCUCAGUAAGCCCCAGGCUGUGGACAACCAGGCUGCUGCUGAGUGGUUGGCAAAGUAUUGGGAAACACGAGAGCAGCGUACCCCCACCUUAAAAGGAAAGCUGGUCCAGAAGGCUGAUCAGGAGCAGCAAGACCCUCUGGAGUACCUUCAGUCUGAUGGGGAAGAUGACGAAAAAAGCGGUGCCCAGCGGCGGCUCCAGGAGCAGCGGGAGCGCCUGCACGGAGCCCUGGCUCUCAUCGAGCUCGCCAACCUGACUGGAGCGCCACUCCGUCAGUAGCCUGAACACUGACUCUCCCACUGUACAAAAGUACUGCCCGGCGUACUUAAAAAGUAGAUCCUUGGGCAUAAGCUAAAGCACCUUAUUUGCUUAUCAUAGGCUGCUAUUCUGUAGAAAUUUAUGAAGAAUGUCAUUGCCCCAGAAGUUGGGGUGAGAGAGAAUUGCACUUUUUUUGUACGGUCAUGGAUUUGUUGUAAAGUUUAAAGUAUUUUGUAAAUAUGGGAUUUCUAGUACAGGGUAGAAUACUACAUAUUGUGGGAAGCUAGAUUUUGCAAGUUUAAGGCAUUCAUUGGAAGCAGUUCUCACAGGAAGCACUUUCUGAGUAAGACACUUGUGUGGAGAAAAAAAAAAAAGAGAGAGAGAGAGAACAUGGUACAUGUAGCCAAAGAAGGUUUAAAUAGAUUAUUUAUAAGAUCAUUUUAAACAAUGUAUAGUAGUAUGUUUAACAAUACUGUAAACACUGAAGCAAGCAAGAAAGUAUAAGAUAUGUGUGUAAGAUAUAUAUUUUUAAAUUGCAAAAUAGUGUGCUAAAAAUGGAAAACUGACUGUUUUGGAAGACUUUCUAACUUAUGGACCUUGGAAGAAAAUAGAUAUUUGAAGAGCUUGGUAAGAUGGACAGCAGUUCAGCAUUUUCAAAAUUGGAGUUAAGUCAGCCUUAUUUUAUCUUUCUGAGGCUUUACAAUUUGCUAUGAUGUUUCGGCUUGAAAGCACUUGUCAUCCCUAGCUUGGUAACUUGGGAACUUUUGCACAUUUCAUAUUUCUCAUUUGCUGAAAUUGAAUGAUUAAUCUUGCAAAGUCUAGGUAAUGUGGUAAUUGGUUUUUUUUUUUUUUUUUUUUUUUUUUUUUAAUGUAAUGGGCCCUGUAAUGAGAUUUGGCACUUGGAUUUUAAUUAAUGAAAGGGACACCUACAGGGUUGUUUUGUAGUGAACUGUUGUAGAUCUUUUGUUAGCAAACACUAAAUUUAAAUGUACUGCUUGUUUAGACUUAUUAGCAAAUGGAAGUCUGUCUAUAUUUUCAGUGCAUAAAGCCACCUUCUAGCUUUACUUCAGAAUAACAUGUCAAGCUAUUUUGUUUUCACUAAAUUUAGCAAUCAGUUAAACACUGCAGAAAAUAGUAGCAACUCAAAUAAGCAGGCUUCUGGAAUAGUUUUAACUGCAAGUGUGUUAACUUGCUUCUGGAAUAGUUUUAACUGCAAGUGUGUUAACUUGUGUGGUGGUUUUAAAUCAUUUUUUCCAAAUAGAUGAAGUUUUUGAACACCAUUUUAUGUACUGAAGCACGAAUAGAAAAAUCAACAGCAGAGUAGUUCACUUCCUUUACGUAGGCAUAAACCUCCAUCAUUUUAGCUUUUGUUUUAAGCAGAAACUACAUAACAUGCAUAGCAUGGUAAGUUUAUAGAUUGCUUAAUUGGAGUAAACCUCAGAAUAACAGAGGGAAAUAUGGCCUCUUCAGCGCCCUUUUUUCUUUUUUUUGGAAUUGAAGUGGUAGCCUACAGAUGUAGUUUAAACGUUAUCUAAAAUGUAGGCUUCUUUAUCCAAAUAUCCCAAUGUCUAGCAGUACACAGAUAGUUUAAAAAUAUGUAGCCAUGGGGGAUGGGAGGUAUAUAAAUUCUUGAAAUGGAACUAAAGUGUGAAAGAUGAUAGUGACAAAUAAUGUGUAUGAUGAGGACAUACUUUAAAAAUGUAAUUCCUCUGUACAGUAAAUUACAAAUCUUGAGGUUUUUUUUUUUUUUUUUUGUAAUAAGAGAAUUUAUAUUUGUAAUGGUCUUAAGAAUUUUGUCUGUAAUCUGGUAUAUAGAAUUUUAACAUGGAGCACUUAUGAGAAGCAGAGUAAGAGACUAUAGCAUCUGGAUUUUCUUGGUUUCAGUUUCAACAUUUUUCUUUAAAAUUUUUCCUCUCAAAUAUGACUUAAAUGAAUUAUAAAAAAGCUUCCUCAGUCUUGGGAAAUUUAAAAUUUGAUGAACUUACCUAGAGGACAGUUAAGAAUUUUAAAAAUAAAAAUACUUGUCUAUUCACAGAAAAUAAAAUUUAAGGACUUCAAAAGUAAGAGUGUUUGUUUCUCCGGUCAGCUUUUGUCAACUAUAAUAGUUCUGUUCACAAACAUUUUGUAAUUUGUCACAUUGGAAGUUUAAGAAAUUAUUGCAACUAUUUGCUAUGGAAAUAUUUAAAAUGUUCUUUUUUUUGAUAUAAGCUAUGUACUUGGACAAAAAUACAUUGGCAUCUAAAAUUUGGGGUGUGUUAAGACUUUUUUGUUUUAAAAAUGUGGUUUACAUUCAAAUUUUUGAAGUGUUUAUGCUUCAUAUGGCUAAGUUGUAGUUUGGCAGAGUUAACAGCAUAAGAAUAAACAUGCUGUAAGUUUAAAAAAUGCUUUGAAUAAAAGUUUAUUUUAAUUUACAGUU